GGAAAGGAAAGGAGACGUGCGGGGGAGAAUACAAAUGGAAUGCAGCCGUAGUCGAGGCUCCCUUUCACCACCAGUAUUUGUAAUUAUUUCAUCUGUGCUGUGUCUCAGUUAUUUAGUUUCCCCUGGAAUAGCAACAGUUUGUGGAUUAAUCGUCGGGGUGGGUAAAUACCGUUAAUAAGAAGGCUACAACAUGAGUGUCGAGGCGUACGGGCCGAGCUCGCAGACUCUAACGUUCCUCGACACCGAGGAAGCCGAGCUGCUGGGAGCGGACACCCAGGGCUCCGAGUACGACUUUACCGACUUUACCCUGCCGAGCCAGACCCAGACCCAAUGCCAAACCCAGAGUCAGCUAGAUAACCAGGUUAAUGGCCCUGAUAGCAUGCUACAGAAUGGAGAUGACUCUUUGGUAAAAGCCAGUCAGCUGCUGGCAGAGUUGAACUUUGAGGAGGAUGAGGAGGACACCUACUACACCAAGGAUCUCCCUGUACAUGCAUGCAGUUACUGUGGCAUUCAUGAUCCAGCCUGUGUGGUCUACUGCAACACCAGCAAGAAGUGGUUUUGUAAUGGCCGUGGAAACACAUCCGGCAGCCACAUUGUAAACCACCUGGUGAGAGCAAAGUCCAAGGAGGUGACCCUACAUAAAGAUGGCCCUCUGGGGGAAACGGUACUGGAGUGUUACAACUGUGGCUGUCGUAAUGUCUUCCUUCUGGGCUUUAUCCCUGCCAAAGCUGACUCAGUGGUGGUGUUACUAUGCCGGCAGCCAUGUGCCAGCCAGAGCAGUCUGAAGGACAUCAACUGGGACAGCUCCCAGUGGCAGCCUCUCAUCCAGGACCGCUGCUUCCUGUCCUGGCUGGUGAAAAUUCCUUCAGAGCAGGAGCAGCUCAGGGCUCGUCAGAUAACUGCCCAGCAGAUCAACAAGCUGGAGGAACUCUGGAAGGAAAAUCCCACUGCGACCCUGGAGGACCUGGAGAAGCCUGGUGUGGAUGAGGAGCCCCAGCAUGUGCUGCUCCGCUAUGAGGAUGCCUACCAGUACCAGAACAUUUUCGGCCCUCUCGUCAAGCUGGAGGCUGACUACGAUAAGAAACUUAAAGAGUCUCAGACUCAAGACAACAUUACUGUCAGAUGGGACUUGGGCCUGAAUAAAAAGAGGAUUGCAUAUUUCACUCUUCCCAAGACAGACUCUGAUAUGCGACUGAUGCAGGGAGAUGAAAUUUGCCUGAGGUACAAAGGAGACCUGGCCCCUCCAUGGAAAGGCAUUGGACAUGUCAUCAAAGUCCCUGAUAACUAUGGAGAUGAGAUUGCCAUAGAGCUAAGGAGCAGUGCCGGGGCUCCAGUGGAGAUCCCCCACAAUUUUCAGGUCGACUUUGUGUGGAAGUCCACUUCCUUUGACAGGAUGCAGAGUUCCCUUAAGACGUUUGCCGUGGAUGAGACUUCAGUGUCGGGUUACAUCUACCACAAACUGCUGGGACAUGAAGUAGAGGAUGUGGUCAUCAAGUGCCAGCUCCCCAAACGCUUCACCGCUCAAGGCCUUCCUGAUCUUAACCACUCACAGGUGUAUGCUGUGAAGACAGUGCUGCAGCGUCCUCUCAGUCUGAUCCAGGGUCCUCCGGGCACAGGGAAGACUGUAACCUCUGCCACCAUCGUCUACCACCUGGCCAGACAAGGCAACGGGCCGGUGCUGGUGUGUUCUCCCAGUAACAUUGCCGUCGACCAGCUGACAGAGAAGAUCCACCAGACAGGCCUCAAGGUGGUGAGGCUGUGCGCCAAGAGCAGGGAGGCUAUCGACUCGCCUGUGUCCUUCCUGGCUCUGCACAACCAGACCCGUAACAUGGACAGUAUGCCAGAACUUCAGAAGCUCCAACAGCUGAAGGACGAGACUGGAGAGCUGUCCUCCUCAGACGAGAAGCGCUACAGAGCUCUGAGACGUACCGCUGAGAGGGAGCUGCUUAUGAAUGCCGAUGUAAUCUGCUCUACUUGCGUUGGGGCGGGGGAUCCUCGCCUGGCCAAGAUGCAGUUCCGCUCAAUCCUGAUUGAUGAGAGCACCCAGGCCACCGAACCAGAGUGCAUGGUGCCUGUCGUCCUGGGGGCAAAACAGUUGAUUCUGGUGGGUGACCACUGCCAGCUAGGCCCUGUGGUGAUGUGUAAGAAGGCAGCUAAAGCAGGUUUGUCACAGUCUCUGUUUGAGCGUCUUGUCGUUUUGGGGAUCCGGCCAAUUCGCCUUCAAGUUCAGUAUCGCAUGCACCCGGCCCUCAGCGCCUUCCCCUCCAACAUCUUCUAUGAGGGCUCUCUGCAGAAUGGAGUCACUGCCGCGGACCGUGUGAAGAAAGGCUUUGACUUCCAGUGGCCACAGCCCGACAAGCCCAUGUUCUUUUAUGUCACCCAAGGCCAAGAGGAAAUUGCCAGCUCUGGAACUUCCUAUCUCAACAGGACUGAGGCAGCCAAUGUAGAGAAAAUAACCACAAGAUUGCUAAAGGCUGGAGCAAAACCCGAUCAGAUUGGAAUCAUUACGCCCUACGAGGGACAGAGGUCCUACCUGGUCCAGUACAUGCAGUUCAGUGGCUCCCUUCAUACCAAACUCUACCAGGAGGUGGAAAUAGCCAGUGUGGAUGCCUUUCAAGGCAGAGAGAAGGACUUCAUCAUCCUGUCCUGUGUGAGGGCCAAUGAGCACCAGGGCAUCGGCUUCCUCAAUGAUCCCAGACGUCUCAAUGUGGCACUCACUAGGGCCAGGUAUGGUGUGAUUAUUGUGGGAAACCCCAAGGCCCUGUCCAAGCAGCCUCUGUGGAACCACCUGUUGAAUUACUACAAGGAGCAAAAGGUUCUGGUUGAAGGCCCUCUUAACAACCUGAGGGAGAGCCUCAUGCAAUUCAGCAAGCCCCGCAAGCUUGUCAACACCAUCAACCCUGGUGGUCGAUUCAUGAGCACAGCCAUGUAUGAUGCCAGGGAGGCCCUCAUUCCUGGAUCUGUUUAUGACCGCAGCAGCAACGGACGUUCGUCCAAUAUGUAUUUCCAGACCCAUGACCAGAUCGGUAUGAUUGGAACAGGCUCCAGCCCGAUGACUUCCCUGAACAUCCCCAUCCCCUUCAACCUUGUGAUACCCCCCAUCCCUCCACCUGGGUACAUGGGGCAGGUCAAUGGACCCUCAGCAGGCCGUGGUGGGGGUAUAAAAAGCAAGGCAGGCAGUGGAGGAGGCAGCGGGAUGCGAGGAGGGCGUCAAAGAAACCGCGGCAACAUGGGGAACCACAGCGGCGGACAUGGAGGAGCAGACCGACAUGGAGGCCACAUGAGUGGCAGCCAGGCCAGCCAGGACCUGGGCUCCCAGCCCUUCUCCCAGGGGCCUUUGACGCAGAGCUACAUGAACAUGAGCCAGCCGUCUCAAAUGAGCCAGCCAGGGCUCUCCCAGCCUGAACUCUCCCAGGACAGUUACCUAGGAGAUGAGUUCAAGUCCCAGAUUGAUGUGGCUUUGUCCCAGGACUCCACCUACCAGGGGGAACGGGCCUACCAACACAGCGUGACUGGACUGUCCCAGUACUAGACUGUUGCUGGAAAGGAGCAAGGCCUGUGUGAAGCGAAGUUCAAUGGUAUUUUAAUCUGGGUAAUAACAAAAAAGAACAAACAUGGAUACCCGUUUUCCACUGCUACAACUGAAGCACCACUGUGUGAAAGUAACAGGAGAGAGAGACCGUGAGAAACAACCAAUCACAAGAGUGAGAGCAACAAUGGGUGUGGAGCUGGACAGGAAGAGAGCAAGGGACGAGCCUGGUAGAGGAGAGAAGGGACUGCUGCUCACACGCGACGACAUGGCGAGGGAGAAAUCGGUCGUUGUCGAGGCGGGCACAGUCGGGGAGGCGAGACCUUCGACGGAUCAAAGAGGAUGGAAGGUCCAAACGAUUCUGGAGGGGGGAGGGGGGGGGCAACUGUGUCAUCUUGUCCUUUGCGUGCCCCUGAACCCUUAGGGAUCUCCAGGCAGAAUGGUUGGGAAUCUUGCUCCAAAAGCUGAGAAAGAUGGAGAAAAGGUGUCUCACACAACGCCCUCCAAGGCUAUCUCAACAGGACAUAUUCUGUGACUUGGAGAAACAGAGAGAGAAAAAAAAGGGGGACACAACUCUUAAAGCAGUUGAUAUGGCAACUUUUUUACACUCAAAGCUUGAACUGAGGCUUUGCAUUUGAUCACAUCUAAGCAUCCAGGAGAGAAGAGUUUGAAAUCACAGUUUGGCUAACCAAGUGAACUCAACAGUGCUUGUGGUAUUGUGCCUCAAGGAGUUUAAAUGAAAUGGGUGGAUUACUUUGCCACAGAUCACUUGCUUUUCUUUCUCAGCUUUGAGUUGGAAGGUUUUCUAAAUACAUGCUGUUUUCAUUGAGCUGUUCAGUGAUGUAGGCUAGUGUAGUUGGCCCGUCUUUCAAGGCAGGUCUUUCUCAAGGUGGUCUGCAGAGAACAAGUGGUGGAAAUAGCUGUUAAAAAUAUAAACAUAAAAGAAAAACAUCUUUGUCUGCAGAUGUGAGGAGGUGGGCUCCAGAGAUCUGACAAUUUUGUUUUUGUUUGUGAAAAUGUAACUUUAGUAGUGCAAAAGAGUGAAAGUGAAAACCGUGACCAGCUUCUAACUGAAUGAAGCAGCUUUCUUUUCUGCUGACCCUGAUGCCACUAGAGCGAGCAGACGGGAAUCGUCUUGAGCGUAUAUAUAGGUACAUGCAUCAAAUAAGCCAAAUCAAGAGGGCAGUUAUUUCCAAAGACUCUUCUCCAAAAGUAAAAAAACAAAAAAAACACUGAGAUUAUGUACAAUUAAAGCACCUGAUGUUCACAGUAGUGAUGUAAGAAAUCACUUCUGUAAAACGAAAUCAUGAGCUUGAGUUUUCAUGCCUAUGGAGUGUCAAACACGACCGCUCCAUACAAAGGCUGGUGAAAGCGUCUGAGGUCCCAUCUCAGAGCAAAUGUCCUGAAGAGAUCAUAGAUUUCACCAUGUUGACUGUGGUGCAAGAUAUUUUAGCAUUUUGGAAAGCCUAUUGAUAACAAAUAGAAAGGUUACGUGUUGUUGGUGCACUGUGAAAUUUGGCAUAAAAACCUCUAUAAAUUAUAAAGAGAAGAAGACCCAAGUGUAGUGUUGCUGUCUUCCCCUUGUUGUUUUUUUCAUUUGUUGUCCUAAAGUCUUUUACUUGUAGAAAAGUAAAAUGUUGUGUAACGUAAAGGGCAAACGGCUAGAUUUAGUGGUUGACCAAAAUGGUUUUUUAUAAAAUGAGAUUUACAAUUUAAUAUGAGACACAAAAUUGCUUAACUUAAAUUAACAUUUAUUUUACACUGUUGUGGUCUGUAUUAUCUGUUUAGUCGGUGUUUAUUUAUAACUUGCAGCGUAGUUUUGAAAACGUGGCAAAUGUCAUUUUCCAAACAUUCUGUUGUGUAGACGGCCCCUAAAGGUGCUGACCCACUGACCCGAUAAUUGGCCGUUGGAUAGUCUGGCGUGGUCAGCGACUCAGGUCUGUUCGGUGUACUCCGUGCCGUCAACCGUCGGAGGGGCAGGCGGCCUUUGUUUUGGCCGACCUGACAUGCUCGGUCGGAAGGCGGGGUCUGCCGGCAGUUGGACUCAAGGGACCAAUCUGAUUGGUGGAGUACUAACCCGGAAAUGACGAGCGGGAUGAGCGUGACUAGAGUCUCUCAAAAUCUGACAAAUUCUUUUUUUACUGACCUUUGUUGAACUGAAAUGAAGACGGAUUCAGCAACUGCAUGACCUGUUUCUUGCUUUAAAUGUUUUGAGAAACACGUUUCGGUGAAAUAUUUUAGUAAAAUACGAGAUCGUACUCUGAACAAGCUUCCGCGACAGUCUGGCUUUGAAAUUCCAGAGAAACCAGGCCCACGUGACCCAAUCAGCUGCUGUCGGCAUCGCUUCAGUGUGUCCAAGGCCAUUUUCUGCCAACAGUCAGCCGUGGGGUUGGUGUGUCAGGGCCUUAAAAGGCUUCUCAGUUACACUCGCCUACCGUCUCAAAACAAACAAAUCUGAUACAUGUUGUACUGGUCAGGAGUAAGCAGUAAGUUAGUUUGUCUAGCUCUGUAAGCUAGCAGAGCUGGUUGAAGGCUUGCUAUCAUUCAACAGCAGCCACACUUCCAAGCAAGCGGCAACCUGCGUUACUGAAAGAGGAAGCCAAUGCGCAUCCACUGGCCACUCCAGGCCUGCUCCUAAAGGGAGACAAACUUUAUUAAAAUAAGGUCCAGGGUGGUCCACCAGAAGGGAAUGGACUUUAUCUCUCUAUAGCAGGAUGUAUAAUAAGAACUGGGUGCGGUACCGCCGCUCAGCCUUCAAGCCAAUUUUUCUGGAUAAGAUCCCAAUUACUAACUAGAUGCACCUGUUUGUUGACAUAUUUUAAGUUGAACUUUAUACAUUCUUAUACUUUUCUUUAAAAACAAAUAUAUAUAAAAUGAAUCAUACCAAAUGACCAACCCAUCCCCUGUAGUAGGCUACUCUGUGCAUGUCCCUAGAGGGGAACUAUUGAGUUGGAUGUUUUCCUCUUCUCUAUUUUGCUAUGAAAAUAUUAGUUUGGCUUAUUGCUAUUUAAAUGAUUGAUGUUAGUAGUGAUAAAAUAUGUUCACAAAGAUUCUCCUGUUGAUGAUCUCGGAAAUUAAAGUUUUCUUCUUUUUGGCUAUUUCAA